UCAAGCCCAUGAAGCCUCAGAAUCAGUCACCUUAGGCAGCCAUGCUGUUUACACUAUGGAGAACAUUCUCUCAUCUCUGAAUGGCCUCACUGAGGCAUGGCUGACCUUUGGUUCACCUUCCUAUCAUAUAGACCUCAACUUCACCUUACUGAGUGGGCUGGGGCUGCUGCUUCUGUACAUUUGCUACCUGAUAUUGAAACUGGUUUUACCAUCACUAUGGAAAAAGAAAUACACCCAAAAGCUGCAGGAGAAAGCCAAGGAAACCAGGGGAUCACUUAAAGGUGAGGGAACUUUCCAGAGAGCGAAGGAGAGAAGGAAGCUGCAGAAAACCCAGAAAGGUGAUUCUUUUACCUCCUGUCCUGGUCCCUUUACCACAUAUCCCCUGCUUCCCAGGGAUCCCGUGCAUCCUGCCCUUGUCAGGGGAGGGGUGGACAUAGGGACAGUGUGUUGGAAGAGGUUACAGUGGACAACCAGGGGACAAUAUGGAUGGAAACUCAAAGCACAGGUGCCUGUACUCUGGCCAGAGGAGCAGGCCUUCAUUUCCACACGCUGGCCCCAGUUACAGCUUGAACCUGUUAUCUCCUGCAGCCCCUUGGGAGAGCCGUACGAUGCCACUCUUUAUGAUCAACUGCUGCAUCCAGCUCCCCUCUACAACGUGUGUCACAGAGCAACCAGCAAGGUCAGUCAUCUGUUCUCCCAGGCCACCCUCGAAGACGGUGUUGCCUCUCAUUUCUGCUUGGCUUCCACAGCUCCUGGGACAGAGGCCUCAUUUAUUCUGUCCCCUCAGCUCACAGCAAACCAGCCAGGACACUCAACUCCAUCCAUUCCACACGGGCCUUUACCACUGAACCCCUCCAUUCUCUCUCCUAACCACUUUGCCCCCUUAGGAAGCUUGCUUUCUUCCACACCACUGGGUGACUUUCUGAUACCAGAGCCAAGGCCUCCCUUGAACCCUAAAUUUCUACCGGCUCCUACCCAACCCUAUGCACUUGCCUCUUUUACUCUUCCAACAAAAGAAGCACGGGAGUCAGAAGUGGUCCUCCAACUGAAAACCACUAUAUCUGUGGUAAGCAAACCCAGUGAAGUGUCCAUUUGUGUCCCAACAACCAAAGGCAUUGGCUAUGGAAGCUGGCCAGGGUGGGAUUCCUCCCAGCAGCGGCCUGCUGCGGAUGGUCCAUUAUCUUCAGAUUUAGCAUAUGCCUUUAACCAACAUCUCCCAGAACCCCAUGCUUCUCAAGUCUCUUUGAAGGGAGACCUAGAGCCUGGAAACCUUUUGCCUCCCAACUCUGAUGCCCUGGUACAACUCAAAAGGCAAGAAAAAACAGGGGGUGAUUUCCUUACAACCAAGGAUGAGGAGAAGAACCAGGAAUGUUUUAUGAAGUAUCCCCAUUCUUUGGAGAAGCUCUCAUCAGCAUCCUUACUGACUAAGCCACAUGAUCUGGCCGCCUCUCAUUCAACAAGCAGCAAGGCCAAGCACCUGCACCAGCAGGUCCCUCACCUCAAGACCUCUGAAGACCAUGCAGAGCCUAAGCCCACCCAACGCUUCUGGGGUCCCCCUUCUCUACACAGUGAGGCCUUGCACCCUCCCACCACUGCCUCACUUGACCAUUCCUCAACAUUUGUCAGCUUCAACUCUACGGCUGAAGCCUCCAGAGCGGACAGUUCCCCAGCUGUUACUCUCCCCACACCUCUGUUUGUGACCAAGAGUCAAUCACAGACCUGGCUACAGCCCCUCUCCCAAUCUCAUUCCCAACAUAACCCUCCUGCUGAGUCUCAGGCUCAGCCUCAACCCAACCCCCCAAUCUCUGUCUUGACACUUUCUCCUCAGACUCAGGUUAGGGUCUGUGGGGUGCGUUUUCACAGACCCCAGGAAGAAGCACAGCCCCUUGGUCCAUCUGAAACACAGUGCCUAGAAUAUAACAUCUUGAAAAAAAGGCAGGAGAGAGUGUGGGGCUUACCCUCUGUGGUCCAAAAGUCUCAGGAUGCUUUUUGUCCCCCACCUCCUAAGCACUUACUGGCAAGUCAAUCCUUCAAGUCUUAUACUCCCAGGCCCAUCCUUCCCGGAGACUUCCCCCUCACCAAUGAGCUCCGUAAAAAACUAGAGCACCACCUCCGAAAGAGACUCAUCCAACACCGCUGGGGCCUGCCCCAUAGGAUCUGGGAGUCUUUGUCACUCACGUCUCCUCAGUCAGAGUUGGUCAACUUCUCUGUGUCAAGAAAAAGUCAUGGCCUCUCAUGGAUCUCUCUCUAUAAGCAUCUGGGCAGCAGAGAGUCACACACCAUUGUAUUGAGUGGAUCUGGAAGCCUUCACAGCGGCACCUCACAGAAUCACCCGCUAGAGGAGACUGAGGUCAAAGCACAGACAUACAGUCAAGACAUGGGCAAAAAAGACCAUCUCCAGAGUAACUUUCAGAAGGCCCCAGCGAACAGUAUGCAGUCUGACUUGAAGACAGACCAGGAGCAUCAUGCAGGGAGUCAGUCAGGCCAACUUUCAAGCCCCUCACGGGUGAACCAGUGUCAGAAAAGGAUCAAAAAUGCACUGGAAGAACACCUGAGCAGGAAAACUAAAGAAAUCCGAGAGAGUCAGAUCCCUAGCACUGUGGUGAGAUCAUGGCAUUCUGUCAACAUGGCACAGCCUCCACCUGAGACGCCCCCCAGACAAGGGAAAGAUCUGGCACCAUUGGCAGGUGAGGAAGACCCACUGGGAAAACACCAGCGUAGUUUGUCACUUAGUCCUAGCAAAGAAAAGAUGCUGGAGGAACACAUUAAAACCUUUGGCAGGAGGAUGACAUUUGGUCUUCCCCAAAGAGUGGAGGAGUCCUUCGAGUCCUAUGCGACUAAAGUGGAGCCAUCUCAUUUUUUCUCUAAGUUCCACGUUCCCCCCCACACCGUUUCUGGAGUGGAUUCUGGCCAGUCCUCCAGGUUCCUGCCAAGAAACCCCAGUGGAGACCGACUGGGGACAAUGAAUUUCAUGCCCAUCCAGGAAGUGCCUCUCCCUGCUUCCUCGCCUGUGAGGCAGAUGCGGCCAACGUCUGAGAACAAGAAGGUGUUUGUAGACAAAGACCUUAGCACAGCUCAAAGAGGCAGAGCGCCAAUCCAGCCCCGGACACCCAGUAUGGUAGACAAAGGCAGCCUGCCAGAGUCUGGAUCAGACACUAGACACAGCCCAGAGCUGCCCAUGAGACCAGACGGGCCAACAGAUGAGAGACUGGUUUCCAGCACCAACACACAGGGGCCUCAGGGGGCAAGGAUGGGCUCCAUGGCUGAGGGGUCCAGAGAUCUACUCAAGGGAGAGGAACUCCCUGGUCUUCACCCACAGUCCACUAGGAUCUUGACAGCCACCCAAGGCACCUACUCCCCAGGGAGCCAUGGGACUCCAUGUCAUUCCCUGCAGGGAACAGUUCCCUACAACCCUGAGACAUCUGACUGUAAAAGUCAGGUGCCCAGAGGAGUCAUGUUGCUCUCAGUGAGUGGGCAACCCAUCCAGGUGGCAGGCCUGCCUGAGGUGCCCUCAGCCUCAAAAGAAAUGACUUUCAAACGCCAGGGCCCCUCCAGUGGGGACAUGGCAGCUUCUCAGGUACUGCAGGUGCACUUGUCCACUGUGGGAGUCAGCGUGGAGCCAGGGCAGGGGCCCUGGUUCCCUGCACAUGUCUCAGGCAAGUGCCAGAACAGGGAGUGUCCCCCAGCUGCCAAGGGAGUGUCCCCACUGGCAGCUGAGGCAGGAAAACUUGGUGGAGGGGAUGCAGGCUUAGGGACAUCCCAAACCAGAGGGAAGGAGUACUCUGUUCAGGGCAGGGCACCAGAGGAAACACAUGGACACACAUCCUCACCAGCGCUGUCACCUAAGGUGCAGCCUCCGGAAAGUCAGUUCACCGACCAGGUGAAGUGCUUCAUGCAGUGGAUGUCCCCUGGAAGAAAACACAAAGGGGAGGAAAGGUCCCUGGCCAAAGGCAGCUCCCCAUCACCAUCUGUGAGGGGCACAAGCCUCAUCAAAGGGAGCUAUGAGUUUUGUGGGAACCCUGAAGCUCAGAAGUGUGUGAGAAACCCCGGGGCGGUCCUCAGGAAGCAACUAGGGCACAGGCUUGGGGCAGUCAUCCCCUGUCCCCAGGCACCUGUGCCUCCCCUCAUGGGGCCUGAAGGAACUCAGCAGGAGGUCCAACCCCAGGCUCAGGCAGAGCCUGUCCAGAGGCGUCACUGGACAAGUGCCUGCUGCCAAGCUGUCUGCUCUCACGUGCGAGGGGCCGAGUCCUGCAGCCCAGGACAAGGGCAGACAGCCCCUGAGAGGUGGGGCCCUGCAGGGAAAGCUGAGACAGUGGAGACUUCCCUCAUGGAUGCUUCCCAGGGAACCCGAGUCCUGCCAAAGUCCUGUCUGUAGGCGCCAAGCUGACCAGAGUGUCUGGGCUGCCCUUCUCUGUGUUGAAGGCAGCGUUGGGAAGUUUGUUUCUAUUACCCGAAGAAAAUGCCUGUCCAGAUUUCCUGGGAAUAUGUUUUCUACCCAACAGUCGUUUUUCCUCUGCUGACAGUAUUGAUUUACCCAAUAAAUGUACUGAAAAUGUG